AUGCACGAUCAAUCCCUGAUCUACAUGGCCGGGCUGAGGCGGAAGAGAGGGGAAGAUGUCAUCAUCUCCGCAAAGUCCUCAACCUUCUCAACAUACGAAGACUGCAACUUAGUCACGACAAACGGGAAAAAUCACGGUCGCGUCCGAAGACGGAGCUUCAAACCCCUCGCGACAUCAUCCCACUCGGAUCUGGCCUGCGGCAAGGCCCAGAACCACACUCUUACCCACUAUAAAACCCAUAUUUCCCGCGAUCUCAUCUUAUCUGAUGGAUUGAAAUCCCAGGCCUCUAAUGGCAGCAGCAGUAUGGUCGUUUUCGUCGACCUGGAGCACGAUGCCCUCACUGAUCACCCUGGGCCAACCCCCGUGAAGCCCUUCCCGCCUACGCUCAUGGUCGCACCCGCGACCGCUUCGGACUUCCCCUCCCUCCCCAACCUCAUCCAACGAGGACCAAGAUGCCAGCCGGACACAAGACGCCCCUUGCAAUCCAAACAGAAACGCCUUUUCCGCAGCCCUGAGCUGCUAUCCUACAUCGAGACCCUUACCGAAAUGCUCGACGGCAACGCCGUGCUCCCCUCCAGCGUGAAAUCCGUCCUCCAACUCCUCAGCCAAGGCAAUGGUGUGCCAGGCCGCAUGACCCGCGGCAAGGUCGCCCGAUGCGCCCGUGAUAUGGUUGCUGAGUGUCGGCGUUGCACGAAGAUCGUGUGUCGCAACUGCACCAUCAAACCACCCAACACCACGGCCAUGAAAGGCCGCGUGCGCCGGCUCUGCCGCACCUGCAACACCGCCCCUCUACAGCAGUACCUCACGCUCACCCCGCACGACCCCUCCUCCUCGCGCCCCCAGACAGACCUCCAUGCCGCCUCCCUGUCCCAAAGAAUCUGCACCUGCUCUGACGCCCUCUGGCUCUGCGUGCAGUGCGGCCAGACCCUCCGCUCCGCCGACACGACCUACCGGCGCGUCUGGGCCUGGCGCACGCGCUACAGCACCUACCUCGGCGGUGGGCUAGGCACGGGAAUCGGCGAGGGCUCGCAGGGCGUGAAGUGCGGGCGUGGCGAAUCCUGUCUCGCGGCACAGGAGAUCGAGCUCGAGGUGGAGUGUGAGGCGGACGAGGGGGCCAGCGAUAGUAGUAGCGUGGGGCAUAGUCCGCCAAGUCAUUCCGGGCAUGGAUAUGAGGGGAGUGUGGACGAUGGACAUGAUGACGAGGAGCCGGGGUAUUUUCGGCAGGAGAUCAUUGGACUUGGGGGAGUCGUGAAACAUAAGGCGAAGAAGAGGGUUAUGGUGGGUGCCUGUGUGGUGGAGUUUGAGGAUGAGCGGGAGACGGGGAAGUACCUUGUGCGAGAGGAGUGUGGUUCUGCGAGGGCGUGGUGUGGAUGGUGUAAUAGGGUUAUUCCGUCGUCGAGAGAUGAUUUGGGUGUGCUGAGGGGUGGAUAA